AUGAGCAUAAAGGACCAGAGGAACAGUGGGCAUCGCAAACCAGUGGCGCAAUGGGUGCAGAGGAGCAGUGGAACAGUGGGUACAGAGGACAAGAGGAACAGUAAAACAGUGUGUACAGAGUACCAGAGCAGCAGGGGCACAGAAGACUAGUGGAACAGUGGGAACAAAGGACCAGAGGAACAGUGGGCAUAGAGGACCAGUGGAACAGUGGGUACAGACAACCAGUGAAACAGUGGGUAUGGAGGACCAGUGGGGUACAAGGGACGAGAGGAACAGUAACUAAAAGAGGACCAGUGGAAACAGAGGACGAGAGCAACAGUGGGAACAGAAGAACAGUGGGUACAGAGGACCAGAGCAACAGUGGGUACAGAGGACCAGAGUAUCAAUGGGUACAGGGACCUGAGGAACAAUUACACCAGAUGAACAGUGUGCACAGAGGACCAGUGGGUACAGAGGACGAGAGGAACAGUGACAACAGAAGAACAGUGGGCACAGAGGACCAGAGGAACAGUGGGUUUGAGCAGCAGUGGGUACAGUGGACCAGUGGGUGCAGAGGAGGAGAGGGAGAGGGAGGACAGAGGAGGAGAGGAACAGUGGGGACAGAGGAACAGUUGGUUUAGAGGACCAGAGGAAUAGUGGGUACAGAGGACCAGUGGGUACAGAACUGUACCCACUUCUCCUCUGUUUACACUGUUCCUCUGGUCCUCUUUACGUUCUGUUCCUCUGAUCCUCUGUUCUGGUCGGUUCAGAGGACCAGAAGACCUGUAGCUAUAGAGGACCAGAGGACAUAGAGGACCAGUGGGUGCAGAGGACAUGAGGAACAGUGGGUAAGAGGACCAUUGGGCACAGUGGACCUGGGGAACAGUGGGUGAGAGGACUAGUUGGUACAGGGACCAGUGGGAACAGAGGACGGACAAGAUAAAUAGUGAGAACAGAGGAACAGUGAGCCCACUGGCUCAGUAGGUACAGAGGACUAGAGGACCAGUUGGCAUAGAGGACCAGAGGAACAGUAGGAACAGAGGACCAGAGGACCAGUGGGAACAGACGACCAGUGGGUGCAGAGGACCAGAGGAAUGGUGGGAACAGAGGAACAGAGGAACAGAGGAACAGUGGGAACAGAAGACCAGAGGGUACAGAGGAUCAGAGGAACAGUGGGAACAGGGGAGGAGAGGAACGGAAGGAACAGAGGACCAGUGGGAACAGAGGACCAGAGGGUAGAGGGUAGAGGGUACUAGAGGAACAGUGGUUACAGAGGACCUGAGGAGCAAUGUGAACAGAGGACCAGAGGAACAGUGGAAACACAGGACCAGAGGACCAGUGGGAACAGAGGAUCAGAGGAACGGAAGGAACAGAGGACCAGUGGGAACAGAGUACCAGAGGAAAAGUGGGAAGGGAGGACCAGUGGGUGCAGAGGACCAGAGGGACAGUUGAAACAGAGGACCAGAGGAACAGUGGCCACUAAAGACCAGUGGGUACAGAGGAGCAGAGGAACAGUGGGUACAGAAGACCAGUUGGUACAGAGGAACAGUGGGAUCAGAGGACCAGUGGGUACAGAGGACCAGAGAAAAAGUGGGAACAGAGGACAUGAAGAA